AUGCCUAUUCUCGCAGGAAAAGAGAUAUCUCAGAAUGGACUAGGUCUCAUGCGAAUGACCUGGCGCGGUGAGCAAACCCCCGACAGUGUUGCCUUUCCCGUCCUGAAGGCCGCUCUUGCAGCCGGAGUCAAUGUAUGGAACGGCGCAGAUUUCUACGGUUCUGCCGAAAACAACUCUUUGCAUCUUCUCGCGCGCUACUUUGCAGCAUAUCCUGAAGAUGCCGAGAGAGUUGUUCUCUGUAUCAAGAGUGGUUUUGCCGAUAGGAAGACAUUCACGGUGGAUAGUUCGCCGGAGGCGGUCUAUAAGUAUGUCGAGAAUGCGAAUAAGAUCUUAGGGGGGCAUAAACAUAUUGAUCUGUUUGGGAUGGCUAGGCAGGAUAAGGUUACGCUGAUUGAGGAUACCGUUAAGGCUUUGGAUGAGUGUGUCAAGAAGGGGUUGAUCGGCGGAAUUCAAUUGAGUGAAGUCUCAGCCAAUUCCAUUCGUCGAGCUAGUGCAGUAGCAAAGAUCGAUAUGCUCGAGGCGGAGAUUAGCUUGUGGGCUACCGAUGUCUUCGAGAACGGCGUCGCAGAAGCUUGUGGAGAAUUAGAAAUCGUGAUGUCUGCUCAUACGCCAAUUGGAGCAGGCAUGCUGACGGGCCAGUUCAAGAGUUUGGAUGAUUUGCCGGAGGGUGAUCCGCAUCGACACUUUCCCCGUUUCCAGCCAGAAAACUUUCACAAGAAUCUAGAGCUGGUGGAGGAGUUAGGAAAGUUGGCUUCGGAGAAGGGCUGUACCCCUGCACAGUUGGCUUUGUGUUGGAUCAAGUCGCAGAGCAAGAAGCCAGGCUAUCCUCCUAUCAUUCCAGUAUUUGGGGCUAGAACAGAGUCUAGGGUUAAGGAGAACACGGCGGAGAUUGAACUGACGGACUCGGAUCUUGACAAGAUUAAUGAGAUUCUUGUUAGCUUUCCGGUGCAAGGACAUAGGUAUCCAGCUGCGACUGCUGGUCUUUGCGAGUAUUAG